AUGCCCGCAGUGGCACCCCAGAGGUGCUCCCUUGCCUUGAUCAAAAUGCCUGCACAGUCAGAAACGGUGGAACUGCUGGAGCUGCAGCGGCAGAUGAUCACAACAACAGCUGCUUGUAUGAUGGAUCUAUGCAGAUAUCCCCUGGAUGAGCAAAACUGCACUCUAGAAAUUGAAAGUUAUGGCUACACUACUGAUGACAUUGAAUUUCACUGGACUGGAGGUGAGUCAGCAGUAACAGGCAUCCAUAACAUCGAGCUCCCACAAUUUUCCAUUGUGGAUUACAAGAUGGUAUCAAAGAGCAUUGACUUCGUUUCAGGAGCAUAUCCUCGGUUAUCUCUUAGCUUCUGGCUUAGAAGGAACAUUGGAUACUUCAUUUUGCAAACCUAUAUGCCUUUCCUGAUCACAAUUCUCUCAUGGGCAUCUUUUUGGAUCGGCUAUGAUGCCUCUGCAGCCAGAGUUGCUCUAGGGAUCACAACGGUGCUGACCAUGACCACCAUCAGCACCCACCUCAGGGAGACCUUGCCCAAGAUUCCCUAUGUCAAGGCAAUAGAUAUUUACUUGAUGGGAUGCUUUGUGUUUGUGUUCCUGGCCUUGCUGGAAUAUGCCUUUGUAAACUACAUUUUCUUUGGGAAAGGACCCCAACACCAAAAAAAGGCACUAGGCAGGGCAGGACAUGCUGCAAGUGAGAAGAGGAGGUUGGAAACAGAGUCCAGGUAA